AUGGGCGGGUCAAUGUCUAUUGUGAAUGAAACAAAUGUUCCACUCAAUGUAGCCCUGAAACAACUAACUCCUCUCUACUACCAAAACUCUAUGAAGCCUGGUGAAACGAUGUAUCGAAAUACCGGUGCUGUCCAUUGGACAGUUGAAGCUUUUGUCGACUGGGGCGAGAAUUCUCAAUAUUCAGACUGGCAAAGUAUUAUUCCAAUUGGCCUUCUAUCACUUGGUAUCGUCAUGACCGCUACAGGCGCUGUUAUCGGUGUUAUCGGUGCUCUCGGUGCUUUUAGUGGAUUGGCAAGUGCUGAAACAUUAUUUGUAGCAGGAACUUGGCUUCUGAGAUUUGGAACAGGAACGGUUGCUGUUACAGGCACUAAACAAUCAUUGGAAUCGUUUUUGAGAAAUGGAUCAGUAUCUUCUGCUGGUUGGUACGCUGGAUAUAAUCAUAAAUUGGCGAUUAGAGGUGGACCUGAUUAUGCAAUUGUUGACGGAAAAAAAGUUCUUCAACUGGAUGGAUGGAAGCCUUUUGAGAUUGUACAAAUUUAG